CAUUCUCGCUUUUAUUUCGCCCGCAAAACCAUGUCCGUCGUAAAUGUUGUGAUAUUAUUAACGUGCGCCGUAAUUUCAAUCGGCGAACGGUGCGCGGCUUUGAGUGACGGCAAAAAAUAUCAAUAUGCGAAUAACAUCACGAAAAACCAGAGGUCAGAGGUCUGUAUAAUAUUUUAUUGAAAACAUGAUAACGCGUAGAUUAAAAACGUUCGGCUUUUUCUCAUACACGUGUAUAAUUAGGAGCAACGUAAUGAAAACGUACGUUUUUAAAUGGUCAAAUUUCACUUUUGCCCAAAUUAAAUGGUCGAACUACAGUCGGGUCGAUAACAGACGUGCGUAACCCCAGCACCCUCUCCCGCGUUCAUAAAUUCACAUUUAAUAAAAUACCAAUAAUUUUAUGUUUUUAAAUCAUGAAAUGUUUACCGAAAAAAAAUUUAAAACCAGUUUAAUUGUAAGUCAUGCUAUAUAAAUCGUUAUAAUUCGUUCAAUAAUCGUAUAACUAUUGACAUUUGAUUUACGAUUAUCGAUAAGAUACACAUCAAGAGCUAUUUAAUAAGGGACAAAAUUUACACGGUUUUCAAACGGUGACGAGCUAUUUUUAGUCAGUGGGUCACAUCAAACAUCGCUAUAAGCCCAUAUAAUAUAUAUGCCAUCAAAUACUUUAGAUUAGAACGCGAGAAGCUCUGUAGAAACCUACCGGCGAUAUGUCGCGAUAUAGCGCUCCGAAAUGUGUGUGAUUGCUUAUUCGUUUCCUUUCUCCUAAUCGCUUGUAUGCACAUUGUGCUCCAUAACUAAUGUAAACAAUUCGGCGCCAUAAAUCAUAUUAUAAUACUAAAUGCUGUAGAAUAAUCGAUACUAUAAAAUACUAUAGAUUGCUAUAUUUAAUGGUGAACAUCGGUACAUUUGUUGUAUGCAAAAUAUCGAAACAAUACAGGUUAUCGACGACUUUACCCAUAUACUUAUAACCGGUGUUCCUAUUAUAUAUUUCGGUACAGAACGCCAGUUUUUGGGAUCCUUUGGACCUGCCGAAAUCGUUUGACGCCCGUGCGAAAUGGUACAAAUGUUCGUCCAUCGGGCAAAUAUACGACCAAGGCAACUGCAAGUCGAGUUACGCCAUUUCCGUGGCGUCCGCUGUCACCGACCGGAUAUGCAUCCACUCGAACGGACUCGAGAAACCCACGCUUUCGGCCCAACAGAUAUUGAGCUGCUGUUAUCUGUGCGGAAGCGGUUGUAACGGCGGUCAGCAUUUCGAGUCGUGGGACUUUUACAGACGACACGGUUUUGUGUCGGGAGGCGGUUACGGUUCGAACAAGGUAAUAUAACAAGAAUCACGAUUAUACUGCGAUUUUUUUUUUUUCAGUCACAGCAGUAGUGAUAUUCUCCCUCUAUAGCUUUUUUGGCCUUUUUGACCUUAAUUUAUUACCCGCUAUCUUUCCAUAUCUUCACAUUUUUCCGGUUCUGUUCUUCGUGGCUUUAAAAAUGUCCAUCCAUUUUUGUUCGGGAAGGCCUAUAGGUGUUCUUCCGUUGAUUUUACCCAACAUAACUUGUUUUCCAAUACCAUUAUCCCUCCAUACACGUCCUGCACAUUAUAUUCGUUUGAUUUAGAUAGAAAUUGUACAUUGGGUUUUUGGAAUAAAAACUUUCACGUUACUAUAUUAUUAUCUUUUGGAUAGGGGUGUCAGCCGUACACGAUCGAACCGUGUCAACACGUCAAUGAAGGCCUUGGAGUCGAAAAUGCGUGUUCUAGGAAACCGCUUUACUCGCCUAAGUGCAACCUAAAAUGUUCCAAUCCUAAAUACGGCACUAGAUACGCAAAAGACAACCACCGAGGUAAUAUUGUAUUGUGUUUUCUAUUAUAUUAUGUUUGAUCACGAGCAUAAGCACUUGCAAGAUUCCCCCUCCCUAGAUUAAAAAAAUUUCGAAAAUACCAUAGAAAAUUACCACUUUUGUUUAGAAUACAAAAAUAUAAACUAAUAAUGGUUUAUAUUUUAUAAUAAGUACAAUUUAAAAUUGUUUUCAAUUCAAUUUAAAAAAAUUGAUAGCAACGAUUUGGAUUUCUGAUAGAAACCGGGGUUCUCUUCCUACCCUUGAAUUUUUGUCUAUGGGCACCCUUGAUCACGAGUUUUUUUUUUCGGUGAAAUAUACUUCAAACAUUUUUGUAUUACACCGUGGGAAGAAAAAAUGAAAAACAGAAACCGUAAGAUACACUAGUAGCUAAAAUAAACAUGGUGUAGCUGGAUCAGUAUUUGGAAAUAAUGCAUUCAUUGAAUUUAAUUCCUUUUUUGUGGAAUGAGUCCGUGAAUAGGAUUAUUUUUAUAUAUAAGGAAUGGCGAAUGCGAAUUUAUUCGAUUCAUGUUGGAUGUGAGUGAAAAUGAUAAUAUAGAAUUCCAAAUGAUUAUAAUAAAUUACACGUGAAAUUUCUUUUUACAAUUUAUAUGGAAAAUAUAUAGAUAGAUACAGACCUAUACAAUCGUCUGUAGUAGUUUUUUUUUGCACUCAAAAUGCAUUUAAAAUUUUGAUGAAUAUAAAUGUGAAAUUCAUUCGUUAUAGAAAUAAAUAACGACGAAUGGGAAUGCAUUAUUUUUUAAAAGGAAUUUCCCAAUCACUAGGCUGAAAAGAAGUGGAAGAAAAUGAAAGAACACUGCAAGAGUGAUAAUUUAAAAAAGUGCCGUUAAGAACAAAAGGAAAAUUAUUUUGUAAAACUGUUGUGUGAUGCCUACAGCGACGACAUAAAGGUACGAGUGUAAAACGAAAUUCACAGCAACCACAGAGAUAAAAGCGAAGAAGAAAAAGAUGUCGUGGAAUGAUACAAAUUCUAUUGAACAGCCGACAACGUAUUAAAUGAUACUACAUAAUUAUAAUACCGCAUAAUACAUAAUUUUGAUAGUAUCGAUGCAUACUUAAAUACGUAUGUUUAAUGUUGAUUUUUUUUUUUUUUUAUUUAGGAACACAUUACAAAGUACCGGGGUAUACGGCGAUGAAAGAAAUUUAUGAAAAUGGUCCGAUAACCGCAUCGUUUUACAUGCAUACGGACUUUAUCGAUUAUCGAUCGGGUGCGGAUACAAACUCAAUUGAUUAUACAUAAUAUACUCAGUGGCGUGCACGGGAAUUCACAAUGGGAGGGAAUUUCGUAAAAAUAAUCAUGACUAAAUCGUAGAAACUUCUUUUUUUUUUUAUCUAACACGACAUUGAAAACUAAAAAGCCUAAUCUAAAGAAGCCAAGCUUUAUUCAAUAAUUCAAGCUUUUUUUCGUUGUAGUCUGGCUUAAAUAUGCGAUUUUAAGAUAAAAUUACUAAAUUACCACCCAUAGUUGUUGUAAUUUUAAGCGUAUGGUAGGGUCUAUUACCCCUAACAACUUCCCUGCGCACGCCACUGUUGAUAUAGUACACAUUUCACGCUUUUGUCAAACAAACGGACAUUAGAACAUGUAUACACUUCCUACAGGCGUGUACUCGUAUCAAAAUGGAACUUAUGUCACUACCCAGGCGGUGAAAAUCAUAGGCUGGGGAGAAGAUGAGAACGGAACGCCGUAUUGGUUGGCGGCCAACUCGUUCAACGUAUAUUGGGGUGAGAACGGAUUUUUCAAAAUCCGUCGUGGUGCCAACGAAUGUUAUAUCGAAGAAUCCAUGCACGCCGGAUUGCCGUUGUAAUUUCCGUUCUAUGCGAUCAAAAUUACACCUAAUUAAAUUUGAUGUCCAAUAACAUUCAUCUUUUUGAAUUUGUUCGAUUUAUUUGUAAAUAAUCAGAAAAUAUCAAUCAAUAUAGGUAAUACAUAAUUUAUUGAUGAACAAUAAAAUUUACUGUAUCAUUAAAGUGG